AUGAAUUCGGAGCAGCGUCUCCUGUCAUGGAUAGAGACGGACUUAAAGCCAAGGGCCUCUACCACGAGUCGCUCACUCCUCAAGGUAUAUCUCUCGUCUUCAGUGCUGAUGUCUAACCUUCUUCGUCACCUUUAUAAUAUAGAUGUCACUGGGGCUGCCGUACUGCCCACGCUUCUGCGCACUCUUAUGCCAGGCGAGAAGAGCAUUACGAUUGAUGACGUUUUCGCACGGGAAGAGCUGUUCGAAGAUGCAGUUUCUCUUCUAAAUCAAAGAAUUCUGAGGAAAACCCAGACCGGCCGCAGCCCGGACGAAACUUCCCAAGAGAACGUGUAUCACACCCUCGCUGCCUUUGAUUCAUGCCAGCAGCGCAAGGAUGCUUUGCUUGAGGCGCUGGAAGUCGUCGAGGCAGACAUCUAUGCACAGCAGCGCGAAUUGAAGAAUGCUGUUCAGGCCAUGUCUUCUGAGAUAGCUGAUCUGCUGCUUAAGUGUGAUACGUCCAAGAAAGCUACGAAGCAGCGCCAAACGGUCACAUUUGCCGAUUCCAAAGAUAAGACCCGUAGCAUUGUCAACGAAACCGAUGGUUAUUAUGAGGAAAUAGAGGAGCUUACAAUCGAUGAGCUGUCAUCGCCUUCCGCAUCCUACUCGGGAGCAGCGCAAGGUCCCUUGACAACAACCGAUGACAAGCGCAUAGCGCAGCUUCAAGAUAACAUCCAGAGGAUAACAUCUGUUCUUAAAGCAUACAAUGAACAGCAGGAGGAGAGAGGAAGGUAUGUCGGAGAUGCAAAUGCACAUAUUCGUGUCCUUACAGAGACAAGGGAAGAGAAUCGCCGCUACCAGGUUCUUGUGAAUAAUCUCAGCGACGAAGUAAGUGUAUACAAAGGAAAGCUUAGUGAUCUUUCUCGUGAAUGCGAUGUUCUGAAAAGCAAAUUGGCAUCUUCGAGGCCCGACUUCUCUCAGUCCUCUAUUACUACAACUGAAAAGUCGUCUCCUGCUGCUCUUCAGUCAGCUACACCUGGGCGGACUUACAUUCGAACUCCAGAUAAUGCCAAGGCACCCAGGCCCGGUAGCCGCCCGAGGGCCAUGUCACAAAAAUCUAACGACCUCCGAUCUUCUCUGCAUCAGAGACGAGGAGGACAUGUUACCGAUAACAGCUAUUGUCAGCCUCAGCCUAGUACGCCGACGCUCUCUGCAACUACUAAGAUAAAUGAGCUAAAGCUUGCUUUAAAGCAACGAGAAUCGACAAUUAUGGAGCUCAGAGCACAGAUUUCUGAGCUUACGCGGGCGUCAAGCCUAUCAGUCACAGACUUUAGAGAGCUGGAAGAGAAGCACAAGAGUCUAAUGGUAAAAUGUGAUAAAUUGCGGACGAUGCUACGUUCCAUUGAGCAACGUAUACGAGAAUAUGCAGUGGAGGAUAGCAAUCUUACAUGCAAUCCCACCGGCAGAGACGCACUGGAGCUCCUCUCCAGCUUCUAUCAUCUGAUGCGUGAUAAGUGUUAUGACUUUGCCCGAAAGGCAGUGGAAGCUUCAUCUACAAAGAUCCAGAAGGAAAAGACAAGCCAAGACAGGCGUUUCAGCGAAACAUUUGACAAGAGCUUUGGCGGAGGAGGCCGUGGGCACUCAGCAAGCUACUUGCACGGGACUUCGUCGGUUGAGAGAGAGAAUGAGCGGCUCAGAGCUGUUGUCCAGGAACUUUCGUCUGGAAAAGAUGCCUUUGAAAGGAGACUUUCACAGCUCGAGGGCCAGAUCAAUCAGCAGAACAAGAGGGCAGAUGAAACGCGCCGUGAUCCUCUUCUAACAAGUAGUGGGCUUAUGAGGAGCACGCGCCUGGAUCGCAGCAUACGCACUAGUAGCCGAGGCAGAGAUUAUGGUGACCGGUUUAGAAGAUCCAGUAACAGCGAGUAUGAGUAUUCAGGAGAUUACGACGACAUAUCAUUGAACAACCUCGCAUAUCGGCUCCGCUCCGACUCCAAGCGAAUUGCCAUGUUAACGGGUGAUGCCAAACGACCUGGCUCCAGUCGCAGAUACUGA